ACGUCGGUGGGGGAAGAUAUUAGACGUGUCUCUCUCCCAGGCAAUAGCGUGUGGAGGGAUACAAAGCUUUAAUGUGGAUAUUGAUAGAUUUCCGGUAACUGACGGGAUUUUUGUGGUUAUUUAUUAGAUUGCAAAGAAGUGGAGAAAGUAGCGAAGGUGAUAGAUGUACGUUGAGAAGCUUGGUGUCUUUUUGCUGUGUUGUUGUCAGCUGUGAAGUGCUGUGUGGGUUACAGAAGCCAUACAGGAGGUGGGUGGUCAGUAGCAGAGAUAAGAGGAAGCUUCAGCAUCCAAGUGUAAGCUUCAGCACCCAGGUGUAAGUUUGAGCAUCCAGGUGCAAGCUUCAGCGUCCAGGUGUAAACUACAGCGUCUGUGUGAAAGCUUUACCCCAAGUGUGUAAGCUUCAAUAUCCCGGAGGAAGCUUCAGCAUCCAGGUGUAAGCUUCAGCGUCCAGGUGUAAGCUUCAGCAUCCAGGUGUAAGCUUCAGCAAUCAGGUGUAAGCUUCAGCAACCAGGCGUAAACCUUCCGCUCACAGGCUUUAGCUCGCAAGUGUAAGCUUGGGCCUUAGGUGUAAGUUUCAGCCCCAGGUGUAAGCGUGAACCUCAGGCGUGAACUUCAUCCCCAGGUGUAAGCUUGAGAGCCUCUGAUGUAAGCUUCUGUACCAGGUAGAAGUUUCGUCCCUCAGGCGUAAGCCUCAAUCCCAGGUGUAAGUUUCAGCUCCCAGGUGUAAACUAGAACUCCAGGUGCAAGUUUCAUCAUCCAGGUGUAAGCUUCAGCUCCCAGGUGUAAGCUUCCCCAGGUAUAAGCUAAUAUAGAACCCGGUGUAAAUAAAGCUGUCGCAGUGGUACUCAUGUGAAAGAUUUUGUGUAAGGUUUGAAAUCAAAGUGUAGUUAGUGAAUUGUGUGGAGGUGGCUAGUAGUGUAUCACGGGGGGCGUUGCAGACCCCGCCCAUGGCUCUCGUGGGCACACGGUCCAGUAGUGGGCGGCAGCACAUGAUGGCGGGCGUGGGGGAGAGAGGUGUGGGCGUGGUGCCUCCUACCCAUAACGCCGCUAUCUUAGCCGCUGCUCAGCCUAGUUAUUACGCCCAUUUGGACCCACGAGGAGGGGCGCCCCAGGCCAGCACGGGCGUGGGCGCCAUACACACUCACCACCCACAUCUCAGGAGUAGUAGCUCCACCGCCCAGCAGCAACAGCCCACACAGCAGGGUGGCGCGGGCGGUGUGGGCGGCCAGCAGCAGCAACCUCAUCAUGGACAGACACCUACGCCCUCGCCCACAAACAGCAGCGAAGUCACACCAGACAGACCCAUCGGUUACGGCGCCUUCGGCGUUGUAUGGGCGGUGACGGACCCGAGAGACGGCCGUCGAGUGGCUCUCAAGAAGAUGCCCAACGUGUUCCAAACUUUGGUCUCCAGCAAGAGAGUGUUCAGAGAGCUACGCAUGUUAUGUUUCUUCAAGCAUGAGAACGUGCUGUCAGCGCUGGACAUCUUACAACCUCCACACCUGGACUUCUUUCAAGAGAUCUACGUGAUCACUGAACUGAUGCAGAGUGACCUUCACAAGAUCAUCGUCUCCCCACAACACCUGUCAGCCGACCAUGUCAAGGUCUUCCUCUAUCAGAUACUCAGAGGUCUCAAGUACCUGCACUCUGCGAGGAUAAUUCACAGAGACAUCAAACCUGGCAACCUUCUCGUCAACUCCAACUGUGUUUUAAAGAUCUGUGAUUUUGGGCUGGCAAGAGUGGAAGAACCAGACGAGAGCAAACACAUGACACAAGAGGUUGUGACACAGUACUACAGAGCACCAGAGCUACUCAUGGGUGCCAGACAUUACACGCAAGCUGUUGAUGUUUGGUCAGUAGGAUGUAUAUUUGGUGAGCUCCUGGGCCGCCGAAUACUCUUUCAAGCGCAGAGUCCUGUUCAGCAGCUUGAGCGGAUAACAGAUCUCUUAGGAACCCCAAAUUUAGAAGACAUGAAAUACGCUUGUGAAGGAGCAGUAACGCACAUGCUACGACGACCGUCUAAGCCACCAGCGCUACCUGCCCUCUACACCUUAUCUAACCAUGCUAUCCACGAGGCCGUCCACUUACUCACUCAAAUGCUUGCUUUGAUCCACCUCCUCUCUACAAGUCGUGCAACUCCAAACAGGAGUCGUCAUCCUUCAGAUACCUCAGAUGAAGAGGUUGAUUCAUCUCAACACCCCUCUACAAGUCAUGCAACUCCAAACAGGAGUCCUCCUUCAACUUCAUCAGCAGACGAAAAGGCGGAUGAAUUUGUCACUCUCACACCCACCAACUAA